UUUUAUAAAGUAAAGCAUAAUUAAUGAUGGAAUAUAAAAUGUUGGUUAAAUUUCCUUUGGCUGUCAAGGAAAAUAAUGUCCACUUAAUUGCAAGCGUCCCCGGAAAGUUUACCAGUUCGGAAGCCAAACAUUGGGGCCACAUGAAAGCAAGGUAUCUACUGAAUAGUUUGCCCCAAACGGAAAUGGAUUCGCCUUCUCUUUACUUUCAAUUUUCAAGUUUGGGGUCCGUACAAGAACGUUGGCUAUUGGAGGAAUUUAAGAAAAGUUUAGAAGGAGCCAAUGACAAUAUCGAUUUAAAAAUUAUUUUUCCUACUGUCGAGAAUGUUCGGGAAAGCAACUGCGGUUAUGCCUCUGGGGGGAGCCUUCCUUAUUCAUGGAAAAAUGAGAUGAGACAGCGUUAUUUAUAUAAAUACUUUUGCUCGUGGAAUGCAGAAGUUUCUGGAAGAAACAAAGUUCUUCCUCAUAUUAAAACGUACAUGAAGUUCUUUGAAGCUGGAAAACAUAUCUCUUGGGUUAUUUUAACCAGCGCUAAUCUUUCUAAAUCAGCUUGGGGGUGCUUCAAUAAACAAAAUGAAUUUAUAAUACGCUCUUAUGAAAUUGGCGUCCUUUUUCACCACGCAGAUAAUCCUGAGAAAUCGUUCUUCCAACAGAAUUUACAGGAGAAUAAUUUAACUAAUUUACCGAUUCCCUACGAUAUUCCCGCAAAACCAUACAGCAAAGCGGACAAAGUUUGGAUAUGGGACAAUACAUAUAAAAAGAAAGACCAUCUAGGAAAUAAGUGGCCUAAUUAA